AGUCAAAGAAAAUAGCACCUAGUUGUCCUUUAGCUAUAACCUCAGCAUUACAUCAGCCAUGACGUCAAAAGUAUACUUCCUUCAUCAUGUGGAUUUUAGUUUGCUAGAUCCGCCAUUGCCUACCUAUGUAUGAAUCAAAGCUAUACACUCUUGAGUGUUGAAGGAAGAAAUGGCGGGGACGGGUGCAUUACCAAAGCCAAGUUACAAUGCCUCGCAGUAUUCAGGUGGAAGACCAUCAUACCCACCACAACUUUUCGAUUUCAUAGCAUCUCACACUCCUUCUCAUCUUCUUGCUUGGGAUGUCGGCACCGGCACAGGUCAAGCCAUUCCUUCUCUAGCUGAGUGCUUCAAGAAUGUGGUGGGCACUGACGUUCAUGCAACACAAUUGGACUGCGCACCAAAACUCCCUAAUGUCAAGUACUACGAGACUCCUCGAGUACUCUCUUUCAGUGAUGUGGAGGAAAAGAUAGCACCUGAAUCCAGCAUCGACUUGAUAACUGUUGCCCAAGCAAUGCACUGGUUCGACCUCACCAAGUUCUACGAGGUAGUCAAAUGGGCCUUAAAGAAACCCAAUGGGGUUAUUGCAGCCUGGUGCUAUACUACCCCUGAAGUGAACGAGGAGGUGGAUGCUGUCUUCUGGCCCUUUUACAAGGGUUUUGCAGGUCCAGGGUGGCAUGAGACGACAAGUGCUGUGGAUGAUAAAUACAGGAGUAUUGAUUUCCCUUUUGAGCCUGUUGAUGGGUUGAGCCAUACUGGCCCGUUUGAAUUCAAGGCCGAGAAAAUGAUGAGAUUGGAGGAUUUUUUGGCAUACAUAAGGUCAUGGUCAGCGUACAAUGCUGCCAAGGAGAGAGGGGAAGAGAAGUUAACGGAUGAGCUGAUCGAAAAGUUCAAGCAAGCUUGGUUGAAUGAUGGAAAAAAUGAGAAGAUUGUAAACUUUCCCAUCUAUCUGCGAAUGGGGAAAGUUGGGAAUUUGAAAUAAAAUUGUGGUGCUAAUCUUGUCCUGGACCUUUUUCCAAGCAUUCAUCGUGACUGGUAAGAGGAUUUCCACAAGAGGAAUGGGGUAUUAUCAAUAAAUUAUCACAAUGCAUAAGUCAGCACGAUGAAUAGUAGAUUGAACAUUAUGAUGGUAAGAAUGCAGGACAAAAGGGGACUCUAUUGUUCUCAUAAAUACUACAAAACUUUCGCUUAAUUUGUUUAGAGUUUGGACUUAAUCCCGACUAAAUGCAGGGGAAGUAACUUGUAAAGUGUAAAUCAAACUCAUGAUAGAGUUGAACUCUAGCCUGUCUGUCAAUAUUUGUAAUAAGACCUUUCUAGUUUGUAUGGAAAGGGGUGCCAAAUACCUGCUGUGAUCGGUUAUGAAUGUAGAAGUUACUGUUGCUGCUUGUGCCUCAUUGUGUAUCUAUUAAGAGACAUUUCAUAUUUUCAAGUUUCAACACCUAUUUUUUU